AUGCCGCCUGGCUGGAGUCGCUCACCGGGCCUCUCUCGAUACCUGGUGGGCAGACUCGCCGGCGGCACCACCGGAUUUGACAGGGCCUACGGAGGCGCGAACCUCGCGGGCGAGCCGCCACACUCAAGGGGCAUAGCCCCGAAGGUGCCCCUCGUCGCGGGCGAAGCCGAACUGACGUCAACCAAGCCGGGCAACCUGCGAAAUCAGGUAUGUUGUUUUAUUUUCCUGUCUUUCAAGGUAAUUAAUCAGGUAUGGUUUUUCUUAUCAGUGCCGGCGCAGUUCAUACCAGGGCGGACAGGGGCAGGCCUGUUGAUCCUCAAUGGGUUUACGUUCUACAUGAAAAAUCAUCAGGCGCACGGCAAGAAGCAGUGGUACUGCUCAUCGAGAGACGUGCAUGGGUGCAGAGCUGAUGUCAUCACAUACAAAGGGAUAUAUUACCUGCCUUCGCACAGGACUGGCAGUAUGGUUUUGAUCUUCAAGGAUAACAAGUAUUGGAUUAACAACCGUUACCAGAACACUAUAAAUUGGACUUGCAGGGACCGGAAACGCCUGGGCUGCAACAGCUGUAUCCAAACCACUGUGGAGGGACGCUACAUCAAGCACAAAGGCUUCCACAACCAUGAAGACAACUACACUAAAUACAAUUUCAAUGAUUAAAGCGAUAGAUUAUACCAAUUAUAAAAUUACAAUUAGAAAAGACACCUUUAUUAGCCAUGUGUAUAAUAUACGCUUAAAGUUUUAUUUUAUUUAGACUUUGGUGCAUAGAGAAAGCUCACUAUACCAGAUUGACUUAGAAAGACUUAUAUUGACCUGUUUAACUCAAGUUUCUAUAGUUUUAGUUGUUAUUUUUUGUAAACUGAAAGGCAUUCCUAAAAAUAAAUUUAAGUAUGUACCUACUUAUUCAAAAGUUUGCUAUAACGAACUUUAGUAGUAGGUAUACAAAAAUAUGACUAAUCAGUCAUAUAAAGUCAUUUUAAAAUUAGCUUUAGUUUUUUGUGUUUUUUUUUUAAUUUUCGGUUGGGAUACUCAAAACAAUAUCUUAGAUUAAUAUUUGUUACAAUGCUCAUAAGUAAGUUGUAUCCAUCCGAGACGACGCUCACCGUUUGUCCGGCCAAGUAGUCGACAAUACACACUCGAUGUCCACUUGAAAUUUUGUUACAGUACUUGACUAGUUUUUUUUUU